AAUCCUGCAAUGCAACGGGCGGGGGAGGAGGAAAGCAAAGAAAGGUACAGAACCUUCUUCUCCCUCCUCCCCGAAUCUCAGCUCUUCGCCUCCGUAACAAGGCUGUCGUCUUUCUUUCUUCGAUCCAUGGCCACUUCCCCCUUCGUCUCCGCUGUCCUCCUUCUCUUUCUCCUGCCCUCCGCCGCCCGAUCGGAGGGCGUCGUCGCUGAUCCCUGCGCCGCCAGAUCCGACGGCGGGCCGGCCUCCUGCCCCAUCACCUGUUUCCGCCCCGAUCCUGUCUGCGCCGACGACGGCACGACGUAUUGGUGCGGCUGUACGGAGGCGGCGUGCGCCGGCGCUCGCGUCGCCAAGCGGGGGCCGUGCCAGGUCGGCAACGGCGGAAGAGGCCUCGUGUCCGGGCAGGCCUUCCUCCUCCUCCACAUUGUAUGGCUCAUCGUCCUCGGAUUCUCCGUCCUUUGCGGCUUCCUCUGACUCGGCGACAGGUAAUCUCUCAUUCUGAUUGUGAUUCCCUUUUCCUUGUGGAGCUUUUUGUUUCAAUUUUUUCCUCGGCUGUAAUUGCAUUUGCUGUCUGUUUAAAGAUUAUUGGCAGCCAUUAGUUCAUUCUUCUUCUAAUCGUUAUUCCGAUCCUAAUUCUGGCGGUUCUUUCUGUAA